GUUUCAGUUCAACUUUCUUAGCGAACUAGCAAGGCGGUCUGAAACGUUAUGACAUAGGAUUUUUGUUGACUGGGACUACUUUUUGCAAAGGAUUUUUUUGCAUUUACUUGAACUUUUACAUCUUUUAUGUGGCGGUAACUCUGAAAUUUGGAACGGGACGCGAUUUACUUGGGAAAAGUCACACUUGGGUUGUUGGGGAGUUGACAUGUUUGAAAGUUUACGCUCUUCUGACAGGGCCAACGACUGAUUCAGGAGCCUUUUUCCCCGGGUGUGUACUGUGUCUUAACAAGAGUUCUGGCUCAUGUCCGCGGAGACAGUUUUACCUCCGGAGGGGCCUGCGGGGCCGGAGAAGCAACUCCAGCAGGAGCCCAGUCUGCUUCUGGCUAACUCACAAGACACAUGCCAGAAUGAUGCUAAUGAACCGUCCGACGCCAGAGAGACAACCAGGACUCCUUCCUCUAGAGAAAACUCUGAUGUCCAGGGGGAUAGGCUGGAAGAGAACCACUGUCAAAAUGACCUUGUAAAAUCUCAACCUCAGCCACUUCCUCACCCAGCAGCCUGCCUGCAGCAGCCUGGUGAGGGAGAGGCUGCCCGGCUGCAGGUUGGCCUCCACACAGGGCUCAGUAAUGGCCACGGGGCUGCGCAGCCUGCUGCUGCCUCGUCCUCCGAGCACAGGAAACACCCGUCCCCUGUCUCUCAGCGCAUGCAGAGGAAACUGCGCUCCAGCCUGUCUGUGAACAGUGACAGCAGCAGGAGGAGCAAAGGCAGUUCCACAGGCUCCCACAAACCCUCCUCUCCAGAGGACUGCUGCGUGCACUGCAUCCUGGCCUGCCUGUUCUGCGAGUUCCUGGCACUGUGUAACAUGGUGGUGUCGCAAGCUUCAUGCGGCGCCUGCACCUCGGAGGCCUGCUGCUGCUGUUGCUGUGCCGAUGACUUGGGCGAUGACUGCAACUGCCCCUGCGACAUGGACUGUGGCAUCAUGGAUGCCUGCUGCGAGUCGUCCGACUGCCUGGAGAUCUGUAUGGAGUGCUGCGGAAUCUGCUUCCCCACAUAAGCACCCCCCCCCCCCGCCCCCGUUCGCCUGUAGCUAGAACAGAUGUAGAGGGAGGGAGUUUGUGUGUGUGUGUGUUUGAGUGAAUGAGUGACAGAGGAAACACAUGCUCUAGUGUAAAAUGCAUGUCUUUUGCCUGCCUUGGGCAGAUGCUUUAAAAGCUUAAGAGGACAAACUACAUACAUGAAAAGACAAAUAUAAAACAUGUAUUGUAAUGAUUGUCACUUAUGCUAUUAACUUUGUCCGUAAACUUCCAGUUUUUAGGUAUUAUUGUUUCUGUAGGUUCUGUCCUAGUGCAGAGGUCCGUUAUGUUUUAUUUCUUGCUUAGUGUAAUUUUGCUUAGUGUAAUAGUCUGAUUUGCAUCUUGCAGAUGUUAUAAGUAUACAAUGACACUUCAAAUUACUGUGUCUGCUCUGAACAACACUGUAAUUUCGAUAGACACAUGACUCUUUCACACUGUCAGAGAUCAAGGCUUUGUGGGUGUUAUAUGGGAGUCUUAUUUUGGACUUAAAAAGAUUUGUUUUUGAAGUGAUGGCCUGUUUUUAAGGCCUUUUUAAAGCACUGUCUACUGUAGCUUGCUUUGUAUCAGGUCCAUAAAGUUAGAGGAUAAGUUAACCAUAAUUUGAAGAGAAUGACGGAAAGUUGCAGCAACCAAUUGAAAAAGGUAAAAAAAAAUUCUCAGAAUAGUAGUUAGGUGCAGAAACACUUUUGGUUUUGUAACAAGGCCUACUCCCAUUAACCUCAUCUAUUCAUCUCUUUGUCACAGUUUUUGAGGUUGCACUAAGAUUGAUAUCGGUUGAUGGAAGAUUUGGAUGAUCAGCAAUUGCCUAAAACUUCAGAAACAGCUAAUAAUCUGCAUCCAUUAUUUAAUGUCAAAAAUAAAGAUCCAUGAUGAUUUAGCCAUGGGUUCUACAAUAAGUAAUCUAGGAAUGUGAAUAAAUGUCAUAAAAUAAUCAUAUAAUCUUGCAUAUUAAGUAUAGUAAAAAUUACAGGAACUUAACCAUCAGUGUCUGUCUGUAGCAGUUGGUAAUUUUAAGUAUUAGAAAUCAGUAUUAGCCAGCCAUUUUCAAAGUUGUUGUUUUUUUUUUUCUCCAUUAGCUAGCUCUUAGAUUUAGUUUUCUUAGACACUGUGUGUGUGCUUGUGUGUGUGUUUGUUUAAACUAUAUGUGUCCUUUUUAAAUGUCUGCUGAUAUAACACCAAAGCACGUUCUCCUCUUUCCUAAAGUGCAUAUACUGGACAUAUUAUUCAAAACGGUCUACCUUACCAUUUGGGGUCAGUUGUACAUAUAGGCCUCAGUCUGGAACGCUGACAUUCAUUUUUGUUUUUUGUUUUUUCUUUUAUAGUAUGUUAUAAUCAUACUGAUGGUACGGCUUUUGUCUUUGUGAAACCAUCCAAUUCAUCUCUGUAAUACU